AUGUCAAAAUUGAUUCCAGCAGCGGCUGUCGCCUAUGUAUUAUGGACGAUUGGACUCAUCAUCUACCGACUGUUCUUCCAUCCGCUGGCGAAGUACCCAGGCCCUCGCUUAGCAGCUAUAACUAAUUGGUAUACUGCCUUUCAUGCUUGGAGGGGAGAUCUUCAUCUUCAAAAUCGGAAAUUGCAUGAGAAAUAUGGUUUGUUUCAUCUCUCAUUCUCUACUUCAAAUAUUGACUUCUGCGCAGGAGACAUCGUACGCUAUGGACCUAAUAGUCUUGACUUCAACACCCACUCGGGAAUGCACGACAUAUACGGCACUCGCGCCAAUGUUCGCAAAGCAGACGCUUAUGCUGUCAUGAGUGCCAGCAGACGAACCCCCAAUACCAUCUCCGCUACCGAUAAGGGCGUUCACGGAUUCAAGCGUCGCAUCAUGUCUCAGACAUUUUCUGACCAUGGGCUACGGAACAUCGAAGAGCGCUUGAUGGCUCGGAUUGACGAUUUCAUCGCGCCACUUGCUGAUGGCUCUCAAGCCGAUCCCUCUGGCACGAAGAAUACUUGGGGGAGUUCAAGGAACAUGGCUUUGAUGUGCAAUUGGCUGGCAUUCGAUAUCAUCAGUGAUCUUAGCUUUGGUGAGCACUUCGAUAUGUUGAAGUCACCUGAGCUACGCUGGUUUCCGUCGGUGAUAACGAAGGCUUCUCAUCGAAUGGGCAUGAUUCAACCCAAGUUCUUCAAUCUUAAGAUAGACCGACUGUUCAUGGCACCACAACUAAAAGACAUUCUGAAUGCCAGUGAAUGGAUUCGGAAACGCUCAGAAUCGCGGGCUUUUUUGGGCAAUGACAUCAAACAGAAGGACUUGAUCUACAAUAUGAUGAAUGCCACAGACCCCAAGACAGGACAGAACUUUACCCCAAAGGAUCUUUGGCUUGAGUCUUUCCUAUUGCUCACUGCUGGCUCCGACACCACCUCCGCCGCAAUGAGCAGCACACUAUUUCUCCUAGGUCACAACCCAUCAGCACUCUCACGGUUAAGAGAAGAGCUUCGCCUGACAUUCUCAAACGAAGACGAAAUCCACAUGGGCCAACAGCUCAACUCAUGCAGAUUCCUCCAAGCAUGCAUCAACGAAUCACUGCGCCUUGUACCACCCAUCCCCAAUUCUCCCCCGCGCGUCGUCGAAGAUGGCGGAGCCCAGAUCGACAAUGAGUUCAUCCCCGCCGGAACCACCGUCGGCACAUCAAUAUACACACUUCAGCGAAACUCAAGAUACUUCACUGCUCCCGAUGAGUUCCACCCGGAGAGAUGGCUCACUGAUUCCAGGAGUAUGACUGAGAGUAUCAGUGGUGCUAGGGAAGGUUUCUGUCCAUUCGGAUAUGGGCCGCGGUCAUGCGUUGCGUGGAAACUCGCGUGGGCAGAGCUGAAUGUGACUCUUGCGAGGGCAUUAUUCAAGUAUGAUAUGCGGCUAGCGCCGGAAUCACCGUGUUGUGGUGGUACACGGAGUGAUUGUCAGUAUCCAUUUAGGGGCUUUGUUACCGCUGCGGUAGAGGGGCCCUGGAUGCAAUUUCGACCUAGUCGUGGUUAA